GUAACUCUUUGAAUUAGCUUGUUGACUUUUCUGCUUCGGUGGAUUUAGCAGCGAUCACUUGAAGUACACACCGGACGAUACACAAACAUUGCAGCGCGGCCGUAGUUAUGGAUGCUGAACCUGCAUCAAUUAGCAACGUAACUGAACAAUAAUAAAUUUAACAGCGUGUUUGCGAGCUGCUGGGUUUGCUCAACGAGCUAGUGUCGUUAAAUAACACUAAGUGUGGCUCGGAAGCCACCUGCUUCCUCCGAAUAACUAGUAAACCCGGUCAACAUGAGGCUUCUGAGGUUUCUGAGGAACAGCGUGUCAGUAGGGAAGGAUAUCGAUUAUUACUCCAGAUUUUCUCCUUCCCCUCUUUCAAUGAAGCAGUUUCUGGAUUUUGGCUCAGAAAACGCAUGUGAGAAAACAUCCUUUGCCUUCCUCCGACAGGAGUUACCUGUGAGGCUGGCCAACAUCAUGAAGGAGAUCAAUUUGCUGCCCGACAACUUGCUGAGGACGCCGUCUGUGGGUCUGGUCCAGAGCUGGUACAUGCAAAGUUUUCAGGAGAUUCUUGAGUUCAAAGACAAAAACGCAGACGAUGAGAAAGUCACAUGCGAUUUCACAGAUGCUGUGAUAAAAGUCAGAAAUCGCCACAACGACGUGAUCCCCACCAUGGCUCAGGGGGUCGUGGAAUACAAAGAGACGUACGGCACAGACCCGGUGGUCAGCCAGAACGUUCAGUACUUCCUGGAUCGUUUCUACAUGAGCAGGAUAUCCAUCAGGAUGCUGCUCAACCAGCACACUCUACUGUUUGGUGGGAAGGUCGAAGUGAAUCCUGCACACCCCAAGCAGAUCGGCAGCAUCGACCCACAUUGUUGCGUCAGCGAGGUCAUCAAAGAUGCCUACGAGAAUGCCAGGAACCUUUGUGAUCGUUACUACAUGAAUUCCCCGGAGCUGAUACUGGAGGAAUUUAAUGCCAAAGAGGAGGGGAAGCCCGUCACUGUAGUUUACGUUCCGUCUCAUUUGUACCACAUGGUGUUUGAACUUUUUAAGAAUGCCAUGCGGGCCACCAUGGAGACGCACGGUGAUGCAUUGGAUUGUCCUCCCGUUCAUGCACAGAUCGCUCUGGGAAGCGAGGAUUUGACAGUGAAGGUGUGUGAUCGUGGCGGUGGUGUACCGCUUCGUAAGAUCGACAGGCUGUUCACCUACACGUACUCCACGGCUCCCCGGCCCAGCACAGACGGGUCUCGGGCUGCUCCUCUGGCUGGUUAUGGACACGGCCUGCCCAUCUCUAGGCUGUAUGCUCGUUACUUUCAGGGGGAUCUGAAGCUAUACUCUCUGGAGGGUUAUGGAACUGAUGCUGUGAUCUACAUACGGGCACUGUCCACAGAAUCUAUCGAGCGACUCCCCGUGUACAACAAGUCUGCCUGGAAGCACUACAAGACCAUCCACGAGGCCGAUGACUGGUGCGUCCCGAGCAAAGAGCCCAAGGACAUGACCACGUUUCGUAGUUUUUAAAGCCUAAAGGCUUCUUGACGAGGCGUUUAGGGAACCUUCUCGUUAAGGAAUGAGUAUUUAACUGGUGUUUUAAAAAAAGAUCACAGAACAAACUUAGUGCCAUAUGUUGUAUUAGUUUUCAACUAAUCAUUAAGAAAACAACCACCGUGAGCUGCUGAACAACCAAUAUUAGUUUAAAUUUGUCCAGGCUGAACAAACUGGGUGUAAUGAGAAAAGGCUAAAUUCUGGUAGUUCAGGACCAUUUGCACAACUGUACAUCUUUAAGGUGUUACAAGAUCCUAGUUUAUGUUACAAGUGUGCAACUUUUAUUCUAAGUUUCUUUUCUGCUUCGUUAUUUUGAAAAGCAAAAGGAAAAAUUUAAAACGUUGCUUGAUGUGGUCAAAAACUAUAUUAUAGUUACGUGGUCGUAUUUUUAUUUUUUUUUACAAAAGCAACUGGAUAACUAGAAGGAACAAAAAUCCAGACUGUCAUGUUACAUCCUUGACUUUUCCGAGCUUUUCUUCCUAAUGUAAUGCUAACUGGUCCCAGUGUGGUGGCAUUAGGACUGAACAAGUCUUAGUUUGUUGUUGCACUGUAAGCACUUAACUCAGUAGAUCUAUUUAGAUUGUUCUAAUAUUUGGAUUUUUGGGGUAAAAAAAACUAUGCAAGUGGAAUAGAGGUUUCCAAAAGGAAAUGCUUGAAUAAAAUAUAUCAAAUGUUU